CAACUGGAAAGACAAGACAAUGCUAACUGUUCAUCACCUGCCCCAAAUUCAGCUGUUUCUCCUCCAACUUUGGCCAUUCUAACUGCUCUUCCCACUAGAUAAGGUCUUCCAUCCUCAACACUCUCCCUCACUCUCAAAAUUCCAGCAAAACCCAUCUCCUUUCUCUCUCUCUCUCUAACCCACCAAGUUUAGAGAAGAUUCUCUGAGUUUGGCGUAAAUCAAGGUUCCAAAACUUUGAACGAAGACCAGUUCUUCAAAUCUUCGUCUUUUGUUUCGUUUUUCUAGGAAAAUGUCGGCGGUUAUGGGAGCUCUCUCUGGCUCCAAGGCCAUUCCUUUCAAUACUACUGGAAUGAAGAAGGAAGAAGAGAAGAGCAACGACAACAACAACAAUGGCUCCGAACAAAGGAAACCCUCUGAAGGUGAAGAAGCAGAGAAGCUUAGGAGGAAAUGCAGUUAUGCUUCUAAUUGUUCUACAGGUGACGAAGAUGAUGGAGAUGAUGAUGAACCAGAAAACGAUGAGGAUGAGGAUGAGGAUGAGGAUGAUGGUGAUGAUGAUGAUGAUGAUGAUGAUGAUGCCAAGUCUAAAGUAGAAAAGGAAGAAUUAGACCUCGGUCCCCAAUUCUCCCUUAAAGAACAGCUCGACAAAGAUAAGGAUGAUGAGAGCCUGAGGAGAUGGAAAGAACAACUUCUUGGAAGUGUUGAUUUCUCUGCAGUUGGAGAGAAUGCAGAACCCGAAGUACAUAUUUUGAGCCUCACCAUCCUGUCUCCAGACCGUCCAGAUCUAGUGUUGCCAAUUCCAUUUGUUCCCAAUUCAAAGGGCUUUGCUUUUGCUCUCAAAGAUGGAUCUCGUUACCGCCUCAAGUUCUCCUUUGUCGUCUCCAACAACAUUGUCUCUGGUCUCAAGUAUACUAAUACUGUGUGGAAGACUCGGGUGAGAGUCGAAAAUACAAAGGUAAUGCUGGGAACUUUAAGUCCUCGGCAAGAGCCUUACAUGUAUGAAAUGGAAGAAGAAAAAACCCCUUCUGGUAUGUUUGCAAGGGGUUCCUACUAUUCAAGAACCAAGUUUGUAGAUGACGAUGGCAAGUGUUAUUUGGACAUCAGUUACAGUUUCGAAAUCCGAAAGGAUUGGCCAUUGCCUUCUUGAGAUUUUUCUGUUCCUCCCUUUCCGAUCCAAUCGAGCUUGGGGUUCUUGCAGAAUGAUCAAUGUAGUGAUGAUCUUCCAUUAGAAUGUUGUAUAUUGUAAUUUAACAUGGAGAAAUUAAAAAACCAAGUUGUGAAUUUUUCUUGUUUGGUCUCUUUCAUUAGGAGAGGAAGGUUAUGCCAAUGGUGUUGGUGGUUGAUACAGUGUUGGAUAAUUCAUAUAGCAUUCGUCCAUUGUAUGUGGCAAGGAAGCUUUCUUGUACUGAAAAAGUUUCAAUGCCUUGUCUUGAA